AUGAUGCCGCCUGCCAGGCCGAAGAGCCGCGUGGAGAUGGCCACCAGCCGUUACAGCAACCUCUCCUACUGGAAGGCCAGGAGAGUGGUGUUCUAUAAGAAUGGAGAUCCCUUUUUUCCUGGAGUGGAAUUUAGAUUCAAACCAGGCAGGGAUAUUGUCAGUUUGGAGUCUCUUCUGGAUAAAUUGUCUCUUAGAAUGGAUCUUCCUCGGGGUGCGAGAUACAUUUUUUCAAUGGAUGGGGAUAGGAAGUACAGAUUAGAUGAACUGGAAGAUGGAGCAUCAUAUGUUGUAUCUUCAUAUAAGGCUUUCAAGGCCGCCAGCUACGGAAAGAAAAAUGGCAUUUGGUACGCCGCCCCUGGGGGCCAGGGCUGGAGCAAGGCCGCCAGCAGGAAGGCUUCUAUAGUCGAGACGGAUGCGCCGCCCCCGGGGGGUGGUACCAUAAAACCCAGUUCAGGAAGGGUCAUUAGGAUAAUUAAUAAUAUGGACCAUACUAUUCAGUGCCGGGUCCUCCUCAAUCUCCGCACCUCGCAGCCCUUCGAGGAGGUCCUCGAGGAUCUAGGGCAAGUCCUCAAGAUGAACGGCGCCAAGCGCAUGUACACCGUCUCCGGCCAAGAAGUGCGUAGUUUCUCACAACUGAGGAACGAAUUCGCCGACGUGGAUACAUUCUACUUGGGCACCGGCAGCGUGGGUGGUGCCGUUACGCCAGGAGUGAUGUUGUCGCCUGUACGGAGGGCUCGAUCGAGGGCCCCGCCAACUGCCAUAGUGGAGGAUAUCAGCAAGCAGCGAAGGGCGAGGAGCAAGAGCAGGCCGAGGGCGCUGUACGCUCCUGAGAGCGAAAUAGUUAGGACAAAUGGUGAGUUUUCUUUUAUUUCAGAUUACACUUUAUUAGAAGUUUUAAAAGAAGAACCAGUUAGGGUAUCUAUAAAAGGCCUUAGGAGAACCUUCUAUCCCCCCAUACAUCAUGCACCGAUGGACAAUACUCCACCUGAUAAAAAGAUGUUGUUGGAGUGGGUGUACGGCUAUCGAGGUACAGAUUCUAGGAGAAACUUGUGGGUACUGCCCACUGGUGAAUUACUUUAUUUUGUAGCAGCUGUCGCUGUAAUGUAUGAUAGAGAUGAAGAGACUCAGAGGCAUUAUACCGGACAUACCGAAGACAUCCAGUGUAUGGAUUUACAUCCUUCGCGGGAAAUGGUUGCUUCGGGGCAACGAGCUGGUAGGAAUAGGAAAACACAGGCUCAUAUCAGGAUUUGGAGUACGGAGACCUUACAAACUUUAUACGUUUUUGGCAUGGGUGAAUUUGAAGUAGGAGUAGCAGCUGUCGCUUUUUCAAAUCUGAAUGGUGGCAGCUAUGUAUUGGCUGUUGAUGCUGGUAGAGAAAGUAUAUUGUCUGUGUGGCAAUGGCAGUGGGGACAUUUAUUAGGAAAAGUCGCUACUUUACAAGAGGAGUUAACGGGGGCAGUUUUCCAUCCUUUAGACGAUAACCUGAUGAUAACCCACGGAAAGGGUCACCUGACCUUCUGGAACAGGAGAAAGGACGGAUUUUUCGAGAGAACAGACAUUAUUAAACCACCCUCAAGGACCUUAAUAACCUCGCUACAGUUCGAACAAGACGGUGACGUCAUAACAGCAGACAGCGACGGUUUCAUAACGAUAUACAGCGUCGACGCCGAUGGUGCUUACUUCGUCAGAAUGGAGUACGAAGCUCAUAAUAAGGGAGUGAGUUCUUUGAUUAUGCUGUCGGAAGGAACACUCCUGUCUGGUGGAGAGAAAGACAGGAGGAUAGCUGCCUGGGAUUCGUUGCAGAACUACAAGAAAAUCACAGAUACCAAGCUUCCAGAAGUUUUCGGGGGUGUCAGGUCGAUAUAUCCUCAACGACCCGGGAGGAACGAUGGAAACAUCUACGUAGGUACCACGAAAAACAACAUCUUGGAGGGUUCCCUGCAAAGGAGGUUCAACCAGGUUGUUUUUGGUCAUGGCAGGCAACUUUGGGGUCUAGCCGUCCAUCCGGACGACGAAGUUUUUGCAACUGCUGGUCACGAUAAAAAUAUAGCUUUGUGGAGGAAGAACAAGUUGAUCUGGGUGACUCAGGUUUCAUUUGAGUGCAUAGCCUUGAGUUUUCAUCCUUUUGGAGUGGCUUUAGCUGUGGGUAGUACCGAGGGCCAUUUGAUAAUAAUGAAUUCUGAGACUGGAGUUGUUGUUAACACGAUAAGGGUGUGCGGGUCGCCCCUUAACUGUGUUUCAUUUAAUCCAUCUGGCGAGUUGAUAGCAAUCGCAUCCCAAAACGGGAGCAUAUACCUCUUCAGGGUAAGUCGAGAUGGUUUCUCAUACAAGAAGUCGAACAAAAUCAGAGGGUCCCAACCGCUUAUGCAGAUGGAUUGGAGUUCUGACAGCAACUUCCUCCAAACAGUCACUGCCGAAUAUGACCUCGCAUUUUGGGAUGUGAAAUCUCUGUCGCCGGAAAAGAGCCCCAUUGCGAUGAAAGACGUGAAGUGGUACACACACAAUUCUACUGUUGGUUUUAUGGUGGCAGGCAUGUGGAACAACCGAUUCUAUCCGAUGACGUCAGUAAUAAGCACAGCAAGCAGGUCAGCGGCUCACGAUCUAUUAGUUUCCGGUGAUACCGACGGGUAUAUCAGAUUGUUCAGGUACCCCUGUCUAAGUCCCAAGGCAGAGUACAACGAGGAGAAGGUCUACAGCGGAACCGUGGCUUGCUCUAGGUUCCUCUUCAACGACCGAAACGUCGUCACCGUGGGUGGAACCGACGCAUCCCUCAUGCUGUGGGUUCUAACAGAAGAAUAG